AUGUAUAAGUUUAUCGUUACCGUAGUACUGGCAGUAGUAAUUGUAUUUGGUAAUGGCAUGACUAUCAUAGCUGGAAAGUUGUGUCCCAGACUAUUUAGAGUCACCACCAACCACCUGAUGCUCAGCCUCACUAUCUCGGAUCUAUGUGUGGGUCUCGUGACACUCUGCAAAGUGGUUGCUUUCUUCGAACCGUCGCUGAAUGACUACAAGAACGUGUGUAUAUUGAAGCAAGUCUGUUCCUGUGGUGCCUUUUUAACUAGUCUAUUCAACGUCAUGGCAAUAGCUGUUGAUCGUUACAUAGCAAUUUAUUAUCCUUUUGAAUAUCCAAGAUACAUGACCAAGAGCGUAAUAAAAGUUGUGGUGAUGGCCAAUUGGUGCACAGCUUUUUUUAUAUCUUCGAUGCCCAUUUACUGGAACAGAUACCAGUCGACGGACAAAUGUGAAUUCGUGACUGUCGUUCCCAAGUGUGACCUUAUNCACUAA